AAAGAGAAGCUGAACGGUGAAAAGAGGAUAAUGGCUUCGUUAUCAGUGUCUCCAUGGAUAAGCAUGCGAGUUCCAACUGCUUCUCUCGCUUUCACUGCUUCUUCUUCAAUUCCAACAACUUCUUCACUGUCUCUCCACAACACUCGCUCUCCAUUGCUCCGUUGCUCCUUCCUCUCUUCCCCUUCUUCCCUCUCUUUCCCUUCCUCUUCGCUUUCAGGAUUGUCACUUGGAUUGGAUUUGAUAUCUAAUGCUGGGACUGGAAAUGGAAAACGCCGUGGCCUGGUUGUGAGGGCAGGCAAGAAGUUUGCCCUUUGUCAGACCAAGAGAAACAGAUCACGAAAAUCAUUGGCACGCACCCAUGGCUUCCGCAGAAGGAUGAGAACAACAGGUGGAAGAGCUAUAUUAAGGCGCCGACGUGCCAAGGGACGGAAAGUUCUUUGCACCAAGACCCACCCAAAUAGUGGCAAAUAGUGAAGAGCACUUAAAUUUAUUCUAGUUCUGAGGGUAAAUGUAUUUAUUCCUCUUAACUUGUCCGCAUUUCAAGCUUUUCUUUUCUUUUUUCCCCAACAGUGGUGUUUUUUGUACCCAAUGUAUUUUAAGAAUUUAUUAUUUUUAUGCUUAACUUGUCUUUGAAAUC